AUGCCAGACCGAGUAUUCGUCCACGCACUCAACACAGUAAAGAAGAUACCCAAAACCGGGGCAUCGCGCCCGCCGCCCGCAGACCGACUACGCCUCUAUGGAUUAUACAAGCAGGCUAUGGAGGGUGAUGUAGAUGGGGUUAUGAUGCGGCCGAGUACGGGGGGUGGGGAGGACGGUGGUGAAGUGGGAUUGCAGGGAGAAGAGUUAAGAAGGGAGAGGGACAAAUGGGAUGCGUGGGAUGCGCAGCGGGGGGUUAGCAGAACGGAGGCAAAGAGGAGGUAUAUUGAAGCGUUGAUUGAUACUAUGCAUAAGUAUGCUAGUACUACUGCAGAUGCGAGAGAAUUGGUUGCCGAAUUGGAAUUUGUCUGGGACCAAAUCAAAAACAAUAGUCCAUCGUCUACAGUUUCUUCACCAGGCCACGAGGUGCCAUCAUACACAACCCAACCGAGACGGUUCCAACAACCGGUGUCGGGAACCCAGGGCGCAAUGAGGGUAUUGAGUCCAAUGAGCCAGGAUGAUGAGGCCGAGAGGGAGUCUGAGAAAAGGAUGGGAUAUAAUGGCGGAGAUGAAGACGAAUAUACUGAUGGCAAAAAUAAUAAGACGAAAUGGAGGAAAAAUGUGGAACAGGCGCUGGUUAAAAUGACAGCCGAGAUGGCAGCAUUGAGAGAGCAGAUUGCUACGGGAAGAGAAUAUCAGGGCAAGAAGUCAAGGUCUCCAAGAAAAUGGCUAGCUUGGUUUAUAUGGAUUGCUAUAAAACAUCUACUAGUAGAUCUGGCACUACUGGGCCUCGUCUUAUUAUGGAUGAGACGAAAGAAAGAUAGGAGAGUGGAGGAUUUAGCAAGACAGGCAUUUAGGAUCGGAAGAGAGUAUUCGAUAGAGAGUGGUGCCGCAAUCGCCGCAGAAGUGCGAGGUGAUUUCCUUGCCGCUGUCGGCUUUUUUGGUGAAGGUUUUGGGUUUGCCUGGGAUGGUGGUGGUGGUGUUAGUGUUGGUGUUAGGAUUGGGUUGGGGAAAUGGGAUAUUUAUUUGUUGGUUAGGAAGAGGAAAAGGGGUAGAGGGCAUGAGGAGAGAUUAGGGAAGGAAAGGGAGCAGGAAAAUAUACGAACCGGAUUCAACUUUGAAUUGCUCCUUGGGCAGGACGAUAUUGUUGCUAUAUGUAGCGCCGGUAAUCUUUCGACAGUCGAUACAGUGGCAUAG